AUCCAAGGAAAAGCAAGAAUGUUGAAGGAGAUCCAAAUAGUGCUCUGGUUCCUUUUUGUCUUUGUCUCAGCCAUUUUCUAUAAACUCUCCCUGCAGUCUGGCUGCAUCUUCUCUUGCAUGCCUAUUACUAAGCAAUUCCUGACGCAAGAGGAUGUUAUGAGCCAGAGCAGAAGCAUCAUCUUUGUGGAGAUCACAGAUCGCCUUGAGCCUCCUCCACUGGUUUCAUGUUCUGUGGAAUCUGCUGCCAGGAUCUACCAUGACAGACCUGUUGUUUUCUUCAUGAAAGGCCUGAACAAUAGCACACGGCGGGAUUCAAAUUCCACUUAUGCAGCCUUCUCACUUUUAUCUGCUAUGAAGAACGUCUUCAUUUUUCCUUUACAGAUGGAAACUUUGUUCCAGGAGACACCUCUACUCCCAUGGUAUCAUAAGGUAAAUGCAGCCCAGGAAAAGUAUUGGGUUCAUGUUAGCUCUGAUGCCAGCAGACUUGCUCUGAUCUGGAAAUACGGUGGGAUCUACAUGGACACAGAUGUCAUCUCCAUCAGGCCUAUUACACUGGCAAACUUCCUAACGGCUGCGGCUUCCAAGGCUUCCGGCAGUGGGAUUUUUGGCUUUCCUCGCCAUCACUGGUUCCUUUGGGAUUGCAUGAAAGAUUUUGUUCGAAACUACAAUGGACGCAUUUGGGGAAACCAAGGACCCAUCUUGAUAACGAGGAGACUGCGAGCCUUGUGCAACCUGACCGAUUUCCAUAAUGUGGAGGAUCAGAGCUGUCAGAACAUUUCCUUCUUACAUCCUCAGCGUUUCUACCCCAUCCCUUACCCAGCAUGGAGGCAGUACUACAAAGUUUGGAAGAGACGCCCUGACUUCAACAACUCCUUUGCUUUGCACCUGUGGAACUUCAUGAACAAGGAACACAAGACUGUGGUUGCAGGAAGUAACACGUUAGCGGAAAAUCUGUACAAAACAUACUGCCCUACCACUUAUAAGAACCUUAUUCAAGGCACAGAAGGCAGUGGUAAUAUGCAACAAAACAAGACUGAAUGA